UCCCCCACCCCGUCACCCGCAGCCGGCGCUCGGUUGCCUCAAACGCCCGUACACAAUCCCUUCCGCACGUUUAUCCACAAGUGUCUCCCCGUGUAAGGCCCAAGAUAUCCGAGUGACAUAGUCUUCUAUCGCUUCCCAAUCAUCGAACACCCUUAGAAGUCGCCAACAACCCUGGAAGCCCCGAGGAGCCCCCAAAAUCUCCGAUAAAACCGAAAAAAAACCACUGGAACGGAACAAAGCGUCGGCCAUUCCCGCAGCGUUCCCGUGUUUCUCUCGAUUGUUCGAGUUUUCCUCCCCUAUUCCCGCCCCUAGAUCACCGGAAUCAACCCCUACAAGGGCCGAGACCAACGGGGCAGUGGAUAAGAGGAGAAUUUUGCCCAGAGUGCGAGGAAAAAAUGCAUUUUCAUGGGCGAAAAAUCAGGUAGAGAACGUCUUUGAGGUUGGGACGUGACGAAUCAACAGGAGGGGGUGGUGGGGAGUAGUUAUUACACCACUCAGGCAAAAUGGACGAGAAGGUUGGUGGCGAGGCACAGGUUUGCCGUUUGUGUGGACAAUACGAGAGUAUCUACAUCGAUGUGUUUGGUGACGAGGGAACGAGACGACUCCUGGGGCUGAAGAUUCACUCGAAGAUCAACAUCCUGAUAGAUGAGACGGAUCCUCUUCCAAAGACGAUCUGCGUUCAAUGUCUGGGAAAACUCGAAUUUGUGUGUGACUUUCAAGAGGAGUGUCUACGUACUCAACGACUGUUGCGCGAUCGUUAUCAUCUACCACCUUUGCCAGACCUAAUCAAGGAGGAUGACGACUUGCCGAAGGCUAUUUGCAUCAGGUGCGUUGGAACGCUGGAGUUUCUUUGCGAUUUCGCCCAUCAGUGCCAGGAAACCCAGCAGAAACUUUCGAAAAAGGAAGACGCUGAUCCAUCAGUAUCCACCACCUCACCUCGAGAAAACGACAAUGAAUUCAACAAAGAGAACGUGAUGUCUAAACACAAGUCCCUCUCGCCGUCGAUGUCACGUAAGUCUAAAACACCAGUAUCUCCCUCGUCUCGGGAGCUUAAGAACAUUCCCUCACACGUAGAAAGUGUCCAAUCGGUCAUGGAAAUGUCUGAGAAGAUUCUCUCGGAGAUUCCCUACACGAAGAAAGAGAUAAUUCGGAAUUCGCAGAAACGACUUCCGAAAAUUCGAGCAGUUACCACAUUACCAGAGGCCCUGAGGCCACUGGCUAUGAAAUCUGAGACGAACAGUGUUCAGAAGCUGGUGAGAAAGUCUCCGAAAGCUGUGAAAGCUCUCGAGGAAAACGUCGAGAUGUCGUCAGAUCCGCCGAAAGUAGAAUUAGUAGAAUCAUUCGCUAGGCUUGUGAGUGCCCCGAAGCCCCUGAAAAUCCGUCCAUCCCUUCAGAAGUUCAUCCGGAACCCUUAUGAAUUGUCAGUGACAAUUGUCGAAGGUCAGAAGGCGGUGAAAACUCCAGCGAAAACUCCAGAAGUCGUUGGAACGUCCAUGAAACUCGAGGGAAUCAAAACGGAACCGAUGGAAGUCGAGGCUAAAGUCAAAGAAUUAGUGGAAGAGUCGGAUGUAUCUACUCCGACUGCUCAAGGUCGCGAGAUAAUCCAGAAACCGGUGAAGAAACCUCCCCAAUUCCCCGAAGAAGGUCGGCGACAGCAGAAUCAAGAAUUUCUCAAGAAAACCAUCAGUUCAACGUCACCAUCGACGGCGACUGCUCCAGAACCAACGAAAUCAACAGAUUCGUCAGGAACUGCCUCAAAACCUGGAGUCAAGACGUCUGCCUCGAAGGCUUCUGAGUUUCCAUCAGAAUCUCAUACCCAGGCACCUGCCCCAGGCCCUUCAACUGCCUCUUCAUCGCCUACCGAGGCCGGAGAACUCGAGGAAAUAGACGACCGCUCACAAAAUGUCUCAGAAGCUCGAGAGAACGGAUCAAGACUCCAGCGAAGCCGAUCGUCAUCUCAAGGACCUCGAGGAGUUUCUGAGGAAUAUCUCCCCCAGCCUGGCUCGCGGUCUUCCUCAUCCCCUCCGUCGAAGCUCACUCAUAACUCCCGAAAUUCGGAAUCAUCCAAUUCGUCAGAAUGCCGUCGUCGUCACAGGUCCUCCUCGGGUUCCUCAUCCUCUUCACUUCCCACCUCGACCUGCUCUUCCUCAAAACGCCGCAAGUCAAGCGGAAUCUAUGGCACCAUCUCCCAGCUGAUUUCCUCCGAGGAGAAGGAAACCAUCGAGAAGUUCUACGUGAUUGACAUGUCCGUGGUCGACGAAUCCGCUGUUGAGAUGAAGCUGAACUACAUCGACAAGAAGCAAACCAUGUGCCUCAUCUGCAGGGCAGUUUAUCCCAGGAUCGACAAGUGUCGUGUUCACAUCUGGGGACAUCUGGAUAUGAAACCGUACAAGUGCACAGCCUGUGACUUCUCCACCGUGACAAUCACCAACAUCAGAUGUCACAUCAGGAAGAGCCAUCUGAAGAUCAAACCCUUCGAGUGUAACUCCUGCAAGAAGCGGUAUGUGACAGCGGUUCUUCUCGAGGAGCAUCUGAACACACACAGCGGCUUGAGACCCUUCAAGUGCACAGUCUGCUCAUUCUCGAGUGCCUCGAGGCAGGUUCUGAGCUACCACAUGACGACUCACAAACCCGUCAAGGACGUCACCUGCGAAAUUUGCGGAAAAGAAUUCUUCUCCAAAGGGCGGAUGCGCGCACACAUGAUCACGCACAAUAAGAAUCGUGAGCUCAUGUGCAAGUUCUGCUCCCAUCAUUUCAGCUCAGCUGAUGCCCUCCAGAAGCACCUGGAUAACGUACACGCCAAGGAUUACGUCUGUGGUAUCUGUGGAAAGUCCACGAAGAGUCGAAAAGCUCUUCACAAUCAUCAGAAUGUUCACUCCCAGGCGAAAUUCAAGUGCAACUUGUGCCCAAAUGUCUACAAGAGUGGGCACAUACUCAAGGAACAUUUGCUCAAACACGAGGGGAUCAGGAAGUACAAGUGUGAAGUCUGUGAGAAGGAUUUUGCUCAGCAAAGCCAUCUAGCUGCUCACAUGGCCGUUCACAGUGAUAAACGAUUCAAGUGCCCGGGCUGUCAGAGAGCCUUCAAUCGUCAUGACAACAUGAAGAUUCACACCAAACGAUGUGGAGUGUUCAAGGCUAAUCCCGAUUUACAGGAUGUCCUGACCACGAAGAUCAAGAAAGCCAAAGCUGCUCUGGAUGAGGAGAUCGAGGGGGAGAAGAAGGUCGAGGAGAUCGAUGAUGUGGAGGGUGAGGGGGAUGAUGGAGAUGAGGACGAUGGACCCCUCCGGAGGGAGGAGACCUUCAGCAUCGGACAGGUUAUGGUGAUUCCUAUCUCGGGUGGACAAAGGAAGGAGUGCAGUGUUCAAGAGGCUGGAGUGAGUGUUAAGGAGAGUGUUCUUGGUCUUGAAUGUUUUUAGGAGUCUGGAGGGGUGGGAGAGUCAGGGUGGGUGAGAUGAGAUGUCUUAGGAUCAUUCCGAGAGUUCAAACUGAUGGGAGAUUUUGCCAAAUUUAUUCUCAUGAUUGUGUUUUGACAAAUGGCCGUUGUCCAUUUGCAUUAGUAUUUUUUUUAGGUUAAGUUGUGAGUAAUUUAAGGGGUGAAAAGGGGAUGGGGAGUUUAUUAUUUUAGGUUAGGUUAAGGCGAAGUAAAGAAACCGAAAGUGAGCCUUCAGAUCGUUUCUGAAGAAUUCAGUAAGGAAGUGGUACAACAAGAUGAGUCAUUUGUGACGAUUGAUCAGUUUUUUAUGAAUAUGUCGAAGUCUAGAGAAGGUGGCAAUAUUUGUGCUGUUAUGUUUUCUAUGGUGCGAAUUAAGGACCACAAAAAAUGUUAUCACAAAAAUUGGACUGUCUUUUAGAUUCAGAAAUAUUGUAGAAGAACUAGAGUCAGAGGCAAGUCAACUUGACUCGUUUUGCAACUUCGUUACUCAUGUGAGAUGAACCAAAUUUGGAAUGGCCCUUUUUGCCCCAUUCUUAUUUUUUAUAAGGUAGGGAUAAUUAAAGGGGGGAAGAAAAGGGAAUUGUAAGUGACAAACUCUGGCUGUAGAUUAAUUUAUUUUCGUGAAUUUCCAGGCUUGGAACAUAACUUUUUUGAGGUUAAGAAACGUUUUUUUCAUUUUUUGAGUAAUUUUGGGAGGAAAUUAAAGUGUAAUUUGUGGUUCUCACCACAAAUUUACCAAUCCAUCGAUUAGGAUCGGUUACAAUCGCCCUACUCGUCAUUUUGGGGUUUUAAUAAUUUUUUUGAGGUUAUAUUCGGCUAAAAAAUAAAUUUGUACGAUGGGUUUUUAAGGUGAGGGGCUCGACAUGACUUUUCGAAUAGUCAGAGCGAUUUCUGAUAAUAAAAAACAACACUUUUUGAAGCAUAGCUUUUUAAACUUUGACAAAAUAAAUUUUUGAUAAAUUUUUCGAUGGAAAUAUUUGGAAGUUUUUUUUAGAGAUUCGAGUGUUUGGUAAAUUUUUUGUGUGGCAGUUCAUCUGGCAUUGAUCUGGGUGACUCAAUUUUUCGAGAUAGAUUAAACAAUAAUUACAGGGAGGGUUGGGAGGGAAAGUUAGAGAUCUGAAAAUAGUCAAUAAUAAUAAUAGCAGUGAAACCAAGGGAUCAUCUUCCAACAGUGCCUUACUUCGAUAUUACUAUGUUAAUACCAAGAUUUUUGAUAGAUUUAAGUCAUCAAUCGACAUGUAAUUUAUUACUUAUCCAUGACAUUCGUGGAAACGUAGGGUCUUCUUAAGACUGAAAUGUGACUAUCUCGUAUUUUUUAACACAAGUUCCUAUUUAAUUAACUAUUGUCUUUUUGUACCUAAUAAAGAGUGUUUCUAUUCCAGCA